AAUACAAGUGAGAAACGGAUCUUUCCCUUCGCUGUCCUGCCCCAAACCUUCGCAUAUCGUCCCGUCCCUCGCUCUCCCGGUUCGCCCAAACCGUCACCUUCGUGACCGAACCCACGCAAUACCCUAGACCGUAAACCCUAAGACAUUGAAAAUUCUCAUCUUUCUCCUCCUUCAGCUCUGCUCCUACCCGAAAUCAUUGAGGAAGGAAGUCACAACUUCUCAUUCUCCCGAAAAUUGGUUAUUGAAAGCCAAAGGAGGAUUGUUUAACAUCUUCUGGGACAUCCUACUCUAUCACGUAACAGAGGGGGACGCAUAAACCCGUUGAAAAGAUAAAUGAAAGGGGAAGUCAAAGGUGGGAAGGGAAGGAGCUUCCCGGUGGAUCCAAAUCUCCCAAGGUGGGUCUGCCAGAAUUGCCGCCAUGCUCUCUGCGCUGUUGAUGCGGACUCCUAUACCCACAAGUUCUUCAGUGAUCCAUCUCUCUCUGUCCAAGGAAGCUUGGUGGGCUCCACUCAAAUGGACCAUUCGUUUGUGGUUCUUUUUAAACAAAAGGGUCAGGGUCUUGGAAUCCCUCCUCGCCCAAAGAGCUGGCUUUCUCAGCUAGAGGGAAGCGCUUUUGCCAAGGGAAUGGAAGAAUCCUUUGUUGUUUUACCUCCUGCUUCUGCUUCUAUGUACUAUAAUGGUUCUACAUUAGAGGGAGUGGGAGCUCAUUUACCAACUCUGAGUGUUAGUGCCACUACUCCAUUGCAGAUGAAUAAUUCUAGAUUCUACUCGGGCAUUACUGUGCUGAAGAAGGCAUUUGAUAUUGCCACUUCACAAACACAGGUUGAACAGCCUCUCUGUUUGGAAUGCUUGCGUAUUUUAUCAGAUAAACUCGACAAAGAGGUUGAAGACGUAAAUAUGGACAUUAAAGCAUAUGAAACAUGCCUCCAGCGUUCUGAGUUGGAAUCUUAUGAUGUUCUUAACAAUGCUGAUUUUCCCAAGGAUAAAGAAAAGAUUGAGGAAGAAGAGAGACGGCUGCAAGCUGCAGUUCAAGAUACUGAAAGGCAGUUUGCUGAAGUUAAAUCUCAGAAGAAAGAGUUAGAAUCAAAAUCAAAGCUCUUUAGGGAACUAGAGGAAGGGUAUUGGCAUGAGUAUAAUAACUUUCAGUUCCAGUUGGCGUCACAUCAGGUAAAUUCCAACGUGAUAUUAUUAUUUAAUAAUAUGCCAUGUACUUCUUUGGUAGAGCUGCAAUUCGGUUGUCAUACUUUGUAAUUUGUUAUGAGGGCCUUUUUUCAUUUCUGUAAUUUUCUUUUAUUGAUAGUUUUAUCCUAACUUCUCUAGUGGAUGCAAUUUCAUGCAGCCGAAUUCAAUAAACUCUUUUUAUUUAUCAUUUUUGCUGAAUUAAAAGUAUUUCUUUCUGUAGUCUGAUAUUACUUUUGUACAAAACUAAUGUAUUAAUCUGCUUUUAGUCUUACCUGCAAGUUGAACUACGUUGGUGAAGGUUAUAAGUUUCU